AUGUAUAAGAGAAGCAAAUCUACUGCUUCUGCUGCUUAUGGUGAGAGUUUUAGACAGAGGAAACGAAGUGGGUUUUGGUCUUUUUUUCAUCUUUACUCUUCCAAACACCAAAUCACCUCAACCACCAAGAAAGUUGAAAACUUUAGCCAUUCUUCAAGACCAAGAAACCAGAUAACAGAGACAUCGAAGAGGGGAGGGAUUGAUGUGAUAGUGGAGGAAGAAGAUGACGAGAGUCCUAAUAACAAAGCAGAAACGCCAACAAAUAAUGGUGGUUCGUCUUUUGGGAGGAAAGUGUUGAGAUCUAGAUCUGUUGGAUGUGGAAGUAGAAGCUUCUCUGGUGAUUUCUUCGAGAGGAUCUCUAGUGGGUUUGGUGAUUGUGCAUUGAGAAGGACUGAGUCACAGAGAGAACCCAACAAGGUCACUAGUAAUGGUGGUGGUGGUGGUCAAGGAGCGGAUGCAAUGAGUGAAAUGGUGAAAUGUGGUGGUAUCUUUAGUGGAAGCUGGGGAUGGGCUUUUGCAAGUCCAAUGAGAGCCAAGACUCAUAGAGGUCGUACUAUUACAGAGUCUAAAACUGAUAAGAACACAUCUCCAAAUUUGGACUCAAUCCCUUCAUUGUUGGCUUUGAGAAGCUAA